AUGUUUCCUCGCUGCUCUUUUGUUAUAUCUAAACACUGCGCUAUCGUCUGUCUUCGCAAAGACUUAGAACUUACGGACACAGCCAUCUCUCUCGAUGAACGCUGCGUUACCGCCUCUGUUACGGAUGCCCACCACACCAUCUGCAAAGUGGCCAAUGUAUACAUCCCAGUGCAGAAGGCAGAUCGCCACGCUUUCCUUCCGGUGCUGAUGUCUAUGCCCUGUUGGUCGGAUAUACUGGACUCCCAAUGGAUUCUGCUUGGAGAUUUCAAUAUCCAUUUACAUAACCCGGUCGAAGCUCGAAGCCCUAGGAUCAAACCUUUUGUGGAAUGGCUGAAUACCCACUUCCUCAAUUGUUUUCCGAAAGGUACAAUGACGCUCCCUCGAACCGGUACCACCAUUGAUUAUGUUUUUUGUCCUCCCCAUAUGGCUACUCGUAUGGUCAAUGCUCAGACGCAUCACAUCCCUCAACCGUGGACAGAUCACAGUCUUCUCACUGCUGAUUUGAUCACAUCUGGUGUGAAGUUGGGCCCUGGCAGCUGGCGGUUUAACCCAUACUUGUUAGAAAACAUUGAAUUCCAAGCUCUCUUGGAUAAAACCAUAGAACUCUUUCUGGCUUCGGAUUACUGUGAUGGGGUUGCGGCUGAUGCUAGUGUAUCGGGGGAUGGCCCUGAGGGUAUGGGUCUACGGCCCGUCCAAGAGAAAUGGGAGUCUCUCAAGGCGGUGAUCAAGUACUGUGCUCAGCAGUUCACAAAAGGCCAAAAGGCUCGCUACAAAGCUCGCGUCUCCCACUUUCAACGUGAACGGGAACAGCUGCUUGGUGACGAGGAGGAGUCGGCUAGGAUCAAGACACUGGAACAACUUAUUGAGCAAAAGAUUCAAGAGGAUACUCGUCAAGCUAUGCUGCGUUCGGCCACUCGUUGGCUUGAGAUGGGGGAGCAGAACAACAAGUAUUUCUUUCGUGUGAUUAAGGAUCGUGAAGCCCAACAAACCAUCCAAUCCUUGAAAAAGGCCGGCACUGGUGAGAAAUUGACUGACAUGAGUGAAAUUCUUCAAGAAGCUCGAUCUUUCUAUCAGGUUCUCUACACUCCUGAUGACAUUGAUCUGGCUGCUGUGAACUCUCUUUUUGCAAAUAUCCCUGACGAUGCGAAGCUUCAAGAGGCGGAGGCGGAAAGGCUCAUGGAACCACCUUCUACAGACUCUGUCUUGCUGUUGCUUGACCAUGCACCCAAGAACAAGUCUCCCGGUUUAGAUGGCCUUCCAUUUGAGGUUUAUUCCUACUUGGCUGCGAAAUUUCCGCCGAUUCUGCUUCUCUUGCAACAAGUGUUGACGGAUGCUCUGAAUGGCGUUUUUCCUGAAUCGUGGAAGCAAACGCGGAUGGUGCUCCUGUUCAAAAAGGGUGACCCAGAAUUGCUCAAAAACUGGCGUCCUCUUUCCCUGAUUAACAGUGAUGCUAAGAUAUUUACCAAGCUGCUAGCUAACCGGUUCAAGCGUGUUCUGUCUAAGCUCGUCACUCCAUAUCAAACGGGCUUUAUGCCUCACCGUUUGAUAUCGGAUAACGCCUGGCUCAACCAAACGCUGAUGACCAACCUCCGUGCGGCUGCUCCUGAUGAUCCCAAUGUUUCAGUGCUUUUGGACCAGGAAAAAGCAUAUGACCGUGUCAAUCCUACAUAUCUGCGGAUGGUGCUACAUCAGUUUGGAUUUCCAGCCUCUUUGGUAGAAAGCGUGUCAAGUUUGUUCUUUGGAACUCACAUCUCACUGUCCAUCAAUGGCUGGUUGGGAGCUCCUAUCCAACAACAACGUGGCCUACGACAGGGAGAUCCUCUCUCGCCAUUGCUUUUCAAUCUCGCUUUUGAGCCUUUCCUUCGGACCAUUCUGGCUUGUUCAGAGUUACGCGGUGUGGCUAUGUCUACCAAUACUCGCUCCCCUCUUGCAGGUCGUACCUCGAAUGCUUCGUCUCAAAUACCUCCACAUGGCAACCAUGAUCUCUUACGUGCUCCAGAGAGCCCUCCACGGAUCAAACUACUCAGUUAUGCUGAUGAUCUAGAAGUCUUUCUGACGUCCACGGCGGAAUGGCCAGUGCUUUUGUCUCUCUUGUCUCUUUAUGGCAAAGCGUCCAAUGCCAAGGUCAAUCUGAAUAAAACAAUUUUGGUGUCGCUGUCUGGCAAGCGUCAUGAAUCGUGGACACAUUUGGCGGAAACGUCCAAUAUAGAGUGGUACGAUGAAUCUUCGAUUGGCUCCGUGAGAUACCUCGGCUAUCCUCUGUAUCACACCAAGGAACAGUUGGCUCAUUUUCUGGAUUCAGUAACGGUGAACCUACAGCGUCAGUGCAAUUUGCUCAAGAAACGGCAGCUAUCCAUACGUGGUAAGGGUUUAGUGGCAAAUUCCCUUCUUUUGUCUCGUAUGUGGCAUCUUCUUCGUGUGGUUGUGGUGCCAGCUGAGUGGCUUCAGGAGGUCAAGCGCAUUGUACGAACGUACAUCGUCUCGUUUUGGCCGGUGGUGUCAUGGGAUUCCCUUUGCCUUCCUCGCAAACAUGGAGGUCUAGGAUUAGUCGACAUUGAGAAUCAGCAUCUCGCUCUGCAUCUCAUAUAUGUCAAACGUUUACUUCUUCCUCGUGCUCAGACUGAUUUUCUCUCUCCUUGGCUGCUGUAUACCUUUCAUGUAUACUCGGGUCACGCUACUGCUCUUCCUUUGCUGAUGUAUCCUCGUACUUACAUGCCUCGUUUGCGAAAAUGCCCUCAUCUAGCACAUCUCGCUCGUUUGAUCUCUCGGUUGCCCACUCUGACUCCCUAUACUCAGUGGCCGUCUUGGUGGUUCCUCGAUCUACCUUGGUCAAGUGUCUGCUCCCUUUCACCAACAGAGACCUUGUCUAGGGCUAGUGACAAACUCCCACCACAUGCGUUGAUUGCCAACCUCUUGAGUGUGCUUCCAGAUACUAACAUCUUGGCAUGUGUACGUCCUCUUGAUGCCAUCUCCUUGCAACAUCUGUUCAAUGCUCUGUGCCCCUUUGUAGGUCCUUCUGUGUGGAUCAUUCCUGCUCCUCUUAGAUCGGUUAUGGCCUUCACUGACCAAGAACGCACCGCCAUGUUGGAGAGCCAGCCUACCCCCUCUCCACCCACUGCUAGCUUUUCGCAUUGGUAUAUCACCACCGGCCCUAGAUCAAAAGCUACAAUGGCCCAGAUCAAGCUCGGUGCAUUACGCCGUUAUUGGCACCCAUCAUUUGAUUUGCUUCGUGGCCCAGCCCACCCUCCUCGGUAUCGCCCAACUCAUCUUUUGAUUCCUCCUCGCCUCUGGCGUGAUUUUUGGUCCCUCUGUCUUCCUGCCAAGGCAUUCACACCCUGGUGGCGUUUGCUCCAUGGCCAUCUCUCUGUGCAGGCUCGCCUACAUAUCAUCAACCGUGCCAGGCAUCCCUCCCCACUCUGUAAGUUGUGUACUGAAGCGCCUGAAGAUGAAUACCAUCUGGUCGUCGGCUGUGACAUGAAAUCCCUCUUCUGGUUUGAGGUCAUCUCCCACCUCGGUCUUUCCGAUCUGUUCCCUACGGACAAUGCCAUCUGGAUUGGUCUCUCUACCCUUCACGACCAGGAAAAAAAUCCUCUGGAUAUUUCCAUCUUGGAACUUCUUGGAGCUGCUUUCUCUUCUCUAUGGCAGCAUCAUUGGAGCUGUUCUCUUGAUGGUAAAUCAUGGCGUACUCAGAUAGUUUUCUCCUCUUUUCUCGCCGAUCACUCCAAAUUGAUUUCUUCUUUCUUAGACGACAUGUAA